AUCACAAUCCAAAUAUUUGCUUAUUCUUUGCUGUUUCAAGUGUCAAGUAAGAUUUUUGAUCAAGUUUGUUGUAACAGUGUUAUAAUACAAUUAAUAACAGAGAUAAAUGCAGUUAUAAUAGUGAGAGACAAUUAGGUUUCUUAAGAAAAAUGUGCACUGUGGAACAGAUUGCUGAUUGCGGAGACAUUUUAAGUUUAGGAAGAUCUCUCUUUAUCCCUGAAAAAGAAGAUAAAAAUUGGCUAUCCCAAUGCUCUGUCUCAUUAUCACCUUGUGGCAACCUUCUGGCUGUGGGCUUCAAGAACCGUUUAUGUCUUCUUACUACACAAUGGAUCAGUGCAAUUGAAAGCAAUACUUUUAUACUAUCGUGGAGUGGGACAUUGCCUGCAGAAAUAAAUGCAAUUUUGGCCUUGUCUAUUUGUCCAUCAUCUUAUUCUUCACAGAAUGGACCUGAUUGGUUUUGCAUUAUUGUAGGUUUUACUAAUGGUAGUAUAGGUUUUUAUACAAAUACUGGCCAUUUAUUAUUGCUUGAAAAAUUGGAUGAUAAACCUGUGAUGAAGAUAUCUUGUCAUACAGGAACAUAUGGAACUUUACCAGAUGAUAUUCAUAUUUUGUUCCAUGGAUGCAUAUGCAUUUUAUCAGGGUCUAGUUUAUUUCAAACACUUCGUAAUGCAAAAGCACAGCUAGCCCGAGUACAAGCAGGUGUACAGACUAAUUAUGUUAUUGAUAGUCGCAGUAUAAACAUAAGAAAAUGGUCAUUUGCUGAACAAGAAUUGAUUAGUGAUGCAUCAGUUGUGGGCCUUGAACUAAAAAAUACAUUUGAUCAUUUUCUGGCGGCUUCAACAUAUGGAGGCUAUGACACAUGGUAUCGCUCAAUUCCUCCAGUGAACAGUUUAAUAUUAACAGUGGGAACUUCACCAUAUACCGGUUUUCAUUAUGCCCUAGAAGGUGGAACAACACCACCACUGCAAGAUGUUGCAAGAGCUGUUGCUAACAAAAUAAAAUCUGCCUUGCCUGGUUGGCUGGGAGGUGGAUCAACUGAGAAUAUGGUCGCAAAUCCUGAACCAAUCAUCCGAUCUGAGGCAUUAUCUAUGCGUAAUGGCAUAUACGACUCACAACGUCUUGGAACCUUUGUAGCUAUUUCCCCGGAUCGGCGGUUAGCGGCAUUAGCGGACAACUUGGGCCGAGUCGCGGUGCUGGAUAUCAAUAGUGGAUACAUAAUUCGGCUUUUUAAAGGUUAUAGGGAUGCACAAUGUGCAUUUGUUCAGAUUUUUGAUACCGAUAGCAAAAAACCGCAACUGACAUCCAUAAAAGAGAUUAGAAGAGCUAUAUUUUUAAUUAUCUACAAUCCGAAAAAGGGUCUUAUAGACAUUCGUCUAAUGCAGAGAGGCACGCGUGUUGCAGUUUUCACUGCAACCAAAAAUGGUCAACUUCUAUACAACAGCUGUGGUUUGGUCGGAGCUGAAAAAAAUUAUAACCAUAAAAAACUUAAUAUGCCUGAAUUUCAGUGCGUUUUAAUAGACCCUGAUGGUAAAUUGAAGAAAUUCAAUAUACCUUUUUAUUAUUCUUUAGAAGGCGAACAUUUACAGCGAUCCAAGGACUUACAUGUUUUGCGUGAAAUUCGCGAACUUAUGAAAAAGGUAGAGAUGCUGUCUGAGGAAUCUAAAACAGAAAUAAUUCAAAAGGCAACGAAUUUUAAAACGUUGGAAAUAAGAAAACAUUGCAUGGAUUUAUUUAUUCGGAAUACGCAUAUGCCGAACGAUGUUCUGACAACUUGCUUGGAAAUAUUUUGGGAGAGUGUUCAGAAAGAUAACUUAAACUGUCAAGUUCAAGAAACUAAGCUCUAUUUUGCUAAAUUGGCUUUGUUGAUUUUCUUUUUCACAAAUAUUAACGGCGAUGCUAGUGAUGGUAUGGAGGGGAUAGUAGAGAAAGUGUGUGAAGAUUUUGAUUUAACACAUACGAGAAAUGAAAUCCACAAUGAGGUUGAAAUAGGGCGAAGUUUUCAUCUUUUGGAAGAUGAUAGUUGUAUAUUAGAGAGACUAUUGAUUUUAGCACAGGAGAAUAAUUUUAAAGAGCACCAUCCAAGGGUAUCUUUUGUGGACAGUAAUACGACUUCGUACAAAGAGUUCAUGUCUUACUUUGUUUUCAAUAAGACAAGCAAAGUAAUUACAUUAAAACCUGACAUUGCUGCUGACAAACUCGACAAUUUAGCUGCGAAUAUUUUCAAAUCUAUUCUGAAAUUAAAAGAUUUUUCAAAUUUAACAGAUGUAGUAAAAGAAAGUCAUAUAGAUUCAAAAGAGAUAGUCAAACUGCUAAUCACACAUGUAAUGAACAUGCCAUUAGAUGAAAUUAACAUUGAAUUAAUUGAAAAACUUAUUGAAAUAUUAUUUUAUCUGUGCAAAGUUACCGAUGAUGCUGUAAAUAUUAAUUAUAAUCAUAUUUCACCUUGGUGGCAAAGUAUUCGCGACAUGCUAGUUGAAAUGCGAUGUCCCUUGAGAAGUAUGAUAGUGGCAAUGGCUUGUAAAGCGGUGGCUAGCUUGUUCGAAGGCAACACGACUGGAAGAGAAGAUGCGUGGGAAUCAGUGACAAAAGAGAAUGCAAAGUGGGGUCUUUUAAUUGGUAAAUUAGAAGACAUUUCAAUACUCAGCAUUACUUUAAUGUUUAAAGGAACUUUUAUGGGGAAAACACUGCCCAAAUUGCCAGUUGAAGAUUUCAAUAUUAAUUUAAAAUACAUAUACAUAAGAGGAAAAGGAUCUGUAACUGAGUUAAUUGCAAAGUGGCUAUGUAGUAUGGGCGUCCCACCUGAAGCUAUUAUUGCCAAUGAACUGAUUGAUCUAUAUUCCGAGACCGAUGCAGAUACUGACGACGAAAGUAGUGAAUCGACGCAAUUAUUUUUAGAAAAUUCCCGGGCUUUUGUUGAUGACAAUCAAAGUUUAUUUAAAUGGAUUUCGCUUCUUCGACGACAGUUCCCGUUGAGUACGUUGGCAGAUUACAUUAUUGCUAACAUGUGUUGGGAGUACGCAAUAAAUUGGCAAAAAUGUAUGCAAGCAAAUGAAAAUAUAAAAGCUGUGCUACGUUGCUUAAAACACAUAUCUAACUUCCACCUACGACUUGGUUUGUUUUCUAUUAUAUGGUCUACGUAUAUCAAACAUUGUUUUGAAUUGAGUUGCCGUUUGGUUAAUAAAGUAGGAAAACUGCCAAAAGAUCAUCUUUGUCUGCAGGACUUAGGAUUCAAUAGUGAACAUUUGAAAAAUUUUCUACAAGUUGUAACUGAGUAUCUUUACGAUUUUCAUCUUUGUUCCACCACGGCUGUUGGUCAAGAAAAAAAAGUCAUUAAAUACGAGAAAAUAUGGGAUGAAAGCAUGCCGUCAUUAGUCGAAGUCGCUCAAGAUGUGAAAAAUGUUGAUAAAGAUAUACUUAAUCUCAAUUAUCAAAUGUCUUGUACAAUUUACUAUCAAUGUCAUUUUAAUGUGAAAUUCCCUAAAGCCUUGGACACAUUAUUUGAUAUUGAAUAUCAAUAUCUUAUCGAGGCUCUUGUUGGAAAUAUUGUACGGAGAGAUAUAAAUAUGAAACCCUCUGGAAAAAUGUUAAAUCCCAGAAUGAAAUUUUUAACUAAAUUAAUUCGUGCCGCUGUUGAUACCAUCACCUGUGUGAAUAGUGACGAAGCUAAUUUAGUUUACAAUAACGAGGACUGUUUAAAUUGGAUGGAAAAUAUCAGUACUUUAGCUGAAUUAUGGAACGUUAAUGAAAACUUCGUAAAACACCAAUAUGUUGUAGGACUGUACCACAUGGGUUACGAUGCGCUGGCGCAGACUGUUGUGGGGUCGGUAGCUGAGCCUGAAAUGUUAUUGGUGCCAAUUGUCGCCAUCACUGUACAAAGGUUAAAACGAAAUCUAGAAAAGUGUAAAAAUCAGCCAGAGUGGAUUGUCACAGUGCCACCACAACUUUACAAACGCUUACAAAAUACGACAUUGGAUGUAUCUGUACCUGCUAACCCUUCAUUAACUACGACAAUGAUAAUACUACAAAAACUUUUGUCGCAAGUGGAUAAAAAACCUUACGCCAAGACAUCAACUAACUUUCAAGAUAUAAAUUUAGCAGAGUUGAUUGUGGAGACUUGCGAAGUGUUAAUACGAAGAAAUCUAGGGUAGUACAACUGAGACCUAACGCUCUACAAUUUUUUCUUGUGUUGGUGCAUUUAUUACUAUAUGUUGCUUUAGUAUUUUAUGCAAAGUUGUAUAGUGACAUCACAGAAAGGACAGCCAUUAUUAAAAAACAAAUGACACAAUGAGAUAACCAUGGAAGUAAUAAGUACUACUUACAACAGAAAUGAGUUCUAUCUGUACAUCUUGCAAUUAAAAUAAUGAAAAAAAUAAAACCUUAUGCUAAGCGCGUAAGUGUCUCUUUCUAAUAGUGACCUAGAGUUGCCAGAUAUCAAUCCUUUUGUUGUUUGUAAAAAAUAGGCUAUUGAUGUAAUGUUAUGAAGUAAAAACAUUUAAUUAUAAAAAGUUUCUAAAUUUUAAUAAUGAUUUAUUACCGACAUGUUAAAGCAAUAUUAUUUGUUACUAAGUGUAAAACCUUAUUAAGGCUCAAAUUUUGCGAUUGGCGUACAGGUUUUCUUUUAUUUGUUUGAUAUUCGGACACCUGAACUGACAAUCACAUGUGACAUUCCGACUCGAACGUUGAUGGAGUAGUUUUUUUUUUAUUUUGUCAUACUUUUGAAGAAUUUUAAUUUAAAUGGGAAGGAUUUGUGUCGUGCAGGCUUGCUGAAACCAGUAUUAUGAUGAUUGUUACAUUUUCAGAGAUAAUAGUUUUAAACAUCAUUUGUUGGUGAAUGGUGUAUGGUGACCAUACAUGACUAUCCAAUCCUAGUUCAAGAACAAAUGACUUAAAUACUAGUGCAAUUAUUUAUUCCUUUCUCUAUUAAAAUAAAUUUGUUGUAAUUUCAGAUUUAAGAUAUAAGGAAUAAGUUAGUUUUGUGGCAUAAACUUAAGAAGACUUUUAUUUAACAAUGUCUAAUUUAAAAUUAUGUAUUAUGUUAAUGAUAACACUAAUACAUUAAGAUCCAUCUGAAGCAAUAAUCAGCUGAGGUCAGACAACGAAAACAAGAUUUAUUAUAAUUAUUGUCCUUAAAUCAUAUUUCAACAUAGUCACCAUCGUCAGAGAGGGAUAAAAGGUACAGUUAUCGAAGUCUCGCUCGGCUUCAAUUUUGCGACAAGAGCUCAUUCCUGUUCUAGUAGUACUUUUAUGGAGAUAACUCAUAAUAUAGUAAAAAAUCUUCAACCAGUUACUUCAACAUAUUUAUGAAUAAGUAUAAAAAAAAUUCCACCCUUGUUUGAAAUAAAACAGAUGAACUGCAUAUAAUUUUUAUUUCACCGUAUAAGCAUGCUGUAUGAUUCAAUUGGUUUUCUCUGUGUUAGUCACAAUUUAUAUACAAAUCGUUUACGUGGUGAUUUAUCCGCAUGAAAUUAUAAAACUUUAUUUUAUUGUUUA